AUGGUCUCAGGUGUUAGGGUAUCAGAAGAAUGUAUUUACGAAUUUAAUAAAUUGAAAGUUAAACAUCUACACAAAUAUAUGAUUUUUCGAAUAGAAAAUUGUGAAGAAAUUAUUGUUGACAUAUUAGAACAGGAUCCUGAUUUAAAAUCUUUGGAUGAUAUAAUAAUAGGAAUUAGCAACCAUUUGAAAAAAACCGAAUAUAUGCCAAUUCCUACUCCUGAGGGUGUUUUGCGAAAUAAAAUAUAUUUUAUUUUUUGGUCUCCUGAUUCCGCAAGGGCAAAAGAGAAAAUGCUAUAUGCAUCAUCUAAAGAAUCUCUAGUACGAAAAAUUAAUGGAAUUUUUAAAAGUUUCGAAAUUACCUGUGACUUAGAAGAAUUCGAAGAGGAGCUAAAGACUAUUAUUUUAAGCACCUAA